GCAGAUAAUCAUGAGUAGAUCUAAGAAACGUUGGGAAGGUGCCGUCAGUGUACCGUACCUACUGUCCCUUUUCAGAACAACAGCAGAUCUCUGUUGCUCGACGAGAAGGCCACUAUUCUUCUUCGGCACUCAAAAGUACCUCCUGUCCCUUCGGAGUCUAUGGCUGAUAACGAGCUGUCCUCAGACUACUGGAUGCACACAAUCUAUUCGAACCUUAGCGUUUCUGCUGCAUCUGCAGAAAGCAAUUUCCGGAGAGUAGGACUGAAAAGACUGGGAGCAAAACGCAGAUGGAGGGAAAUGGGUGUGUCAGAGAAGACCAUCGAUGAAAAAGGGAGAGAAGAUAUUUUAACCGAGAGAACGGGCAGACGGAGAAACAACGCAGCGAAUCUGAGGUUGAGAUUGAAUGUAGUACACCCCAGAUAAGCAGAUGGUUCUUGAUUUGAUACAGUACUUAUGUUGUGAACAACGUAUAGUACUUCAAUGUACCACGAACCACAAAACAAGCUCAGUGAAGCAAUUUCGUAAGAUGUGAUGUCCAGUCUACUCUUCCGUAUCACAUAUUCCUCAACGAGAAGGUUUAGGUGUGAUAGUGAAGCGUUUAAAAUAUUAGAAGGCGGGUAGGAAAGAAAACCUCGGGCCAUGUAAACAAGAUAAAUUUCUCAGACUUGAGAAUGUGGUGCGUAGGAAGGGAGGCUUAUGAAUGAGUUUGAAGAACCUUGCAAAUAGAUUUGAUAGCUGCUUAAAAGGUUUUGAUUGAUGUUUGUCUAAUGGCGA